GUUACCUCUCGUUGCUGGAUGCAAAUUUACAAAUUUCACCAAAGAAGAUGGAAGCGCUCUAAAGGAUCACGUAAUGAAAACUGUCACUGUAUUUCAACCAUUAGCUUGUCAUUGGCAAUGUGUAGACACUCCUCUGUGUUUUUCUGUGAACGUAAGGAAGCUACCAAGUGGGUGGGUCACGUGUGAGCUAAACAAUUCUAGCAAAACCGCUGACCCACAGGAUUUGAUACCAAGCAGCGGAAGCCAGUAUUAUCAAAUGGCGGAAACUUCACAUUGCACCUUGGAAGAAUGUACCUAUAAAGACGCCCUACCCGAUGGGUGGCUUAUGGUUGGAUCGAAACGCAUCAAGUUGUUUCACGGAAGAAAAACUUGGGGGCAAGCGAAAAAGUUCUGUAAUUCAAUUGGUGGAGAGCUGGUGUCAAUCACACGUGCGUACGAAAAUGAGUUUGUCGCUAAUUUAGUCCUUCAAGUCGACACGAGUACAACAGGUGAAGAGCCUUACCACAUCAUAGCACGCUGGUUUUUGGAUGGCGCUGACAGUGACGUCAGCCUCUUUGGCGGAGCAAGAUACGAAGAGGAAAGUGGUGAAAAAUCGUUGUACUUGGACGGAUCGGGUGCCCACGCUACGACCCCAGCGGUUGACUUUAACAAGACUAGUUUUACCAUAGCCAGCUGGGUAAAACUUCAGACCCCUGUCAAUGAUCCAUCUCCUAUUUACACUGACUGGUCAUCGAAUGAUGAAAUAAAGUUUCUUUUCAUCGCAUCCGAAGGGAAGGCUAAAGAGCUUCGCUUUGGAGGUUUUAAUCAAAGGAGCGACUGGAAACCAUGGCUUUCAGGAGGGUCUCCACCGAUUGACCAAUGGUUCCAAGCCGCGGCGGUCUGGGACAGACAAACGAGCGAGGUUCACUUAUUCCUAAACAGUCACAAAGUCGGAACUCAGCAAGUAGCGAGUGACAUAUUCUUGGCGGAAACUUCACAUACCGCUUAUGACAUCGGACUGAAGAGGGACAAUAUGGGCUCUCUCAGGGGAAAUUUGAAAAAUCUGACGAUUAUCAGCAGGGCUCUCAGUGUAGAAGAGAUUGCCAAUAUAUCAGAUCCUAAGUUUGAAGUAAUUGAUGGUGUUUGGAUUGGAGGGAAUGAUAUCACCACAGAGGGGACUUUUCUUUGGCCUAAUGGUAAUCACGUGACCUACACCAAUUGGGCUGUCAGUCAACCAGACAACAGCUAUGGUUACCAGGACUGCGUCGCAAUGAUAAUUUUUAACGGGACCUGGGACGACACAAGCUGCGGGAGGCGACUUCCUUUUGUUUGCGAAAAACAACCCUAA